AAGCCGAGCUUGUCAUUGCUUACUGCCUCUUCCGCAGUAGAAGAGCAUCUCACUCCUCUGACUGCUUGCCAGUGUAGCAGCAGCGUCGUCAGGAAUAAUCUCAGGGUUCAUUAGCUUCUAAGUUUCCUGUUAAUCAAGCUCUGCGGCUGUUUCUGCCGUUGCGUUCGGCUGCUGCGCUGCCAGUUAUGGCCCUUGCCGCACGUUUAUCAUCCUCCAGCGUUGUUGCCGCUCCUCCCGCUACACUCCCGCCUGUUGCGGGAUCAGCCGGAUCGGCGCGUUCCGCGAAUCUGCUCGCAUCCUCACGCGCUGAUUGGACGAACAGCCUCAGCCUCCGAUCAUUGCCGUCUGUCGCUGCUAACUUGUCGUGGAGUCGGAGUAGCGUCAGCACUUACGUCAGCACGACUAAGUGCAUGGCAGAGGCAUCGCAAACUACCGCUGCUGCUGCCGUCUCGUCGCCAGCCACUCGCCUCCGCGUGUUCCGGCUUGCUGACCUGGCAGAGGAUGACGUGGCGCAGCUGCUCACCAGGCCACGCAUAGACUUCUCCUCCAUCUUCAGUACAGUGGGUCCGAUAGUGGAGGAUGUGAGGCAACGGGGCGAUGAGGCUGUUAAAGACUACACGGAGCGGUUUGACCGAGUCAAACUGGAUGACGUGGUUGUGAGAGUGGCAGAACUGCCGGACCCUGAGCUGCCUGCUGACGUGGCAGCAGCAUUUGACGUGGCGUUCAACAACAUCCACAAGUUCCACCUGGCGCAGAUGCCCUCCAGCUCGUUCCAAGUGGAGACCAUGCCGGGCGUGGUAUGUGGGCGAGUGGCGAGGCCCAUAGAGCGGGUGGGGCUGUACGUGCCAGGGGGUACUGCUGUGCUGCCAUCCACUGCUCUCAUGCUCGCUGUGCCUGCAGGCAUAGCUGGCUGCACCACUGUGGUUGUCGCCACUCCUCCCCGCCCCGACGGUUCAAUCUGCCCGGAGGUGCUCUACUGCUGCAAGAAGGCAGGAGUAACUCACAUCCUCAAGGCUGGAGGGGCGCAGGCUGUUGCUGCCAUGGCAUGGGGCACAGCCACUUGUCCCAAGGUGGACAAGAUCUUUGGCCCCGGCAACCAGUACGUGACGGCAGCCAAGAUGGCGCUGCAGACCAGCGAGGCCAUGGUUUCUAUUGACAUGCCCGCCGGGCCCUCUGAAGUGCUGGUUAUCGCAGACGAGUCUGCUGCUCCUUCCCACGUCGCUGCCGACCUUCUGUCUCAGGCGGAGCACGGCCCUGACAGCCAGGUUGUGCUGGUGGCAGUGGGGCCAGGUGUGAACCUAGCAGCAAUAGAGGCGGAGGUGGAGAGGCAGUGUGGGGAGCUGCCUCGGGGGGACGUUGCUGCCAAGGCACUGAGCCACUCGUAUGUGGUCGUGGUGGCUGAUAUCAACGAGGCGUGCCUCUUCUCCAACCGCUAUGCCCCCGAGCACCUCAUCAUCAACGCCACACAGGCUGUCGACUGCCUGCCUCUCAUCCGCAAUGCCGGCUCCGUAUUCCUUGGCCCAUGGACCCCUGAGAGCGUGGGGGACUAUGCCAGUGGCACCAACCACGUUCUCCCCACCUACGGCUAUGCGCGUAUGUACGGGGGGGUGUCCCUGGACGCCUUCUUUAAGCACAUCACCGUACAGUCACUCUCCGCCUCGGGCCUGCAGCUCCUCGGCCCCUCUGUGGCCAAGAUGGCCGAGGUCGAAGGGCUAGAGGCACACAGGCGUGCGGUUACCCUACGGUUAGCUGAUAUUGAAGCUGCUUCUAAGUGAUAUAUGUCUAGCUGAGCUCAUCAUCCGCCUUGGGCCUGCAGCUCCUUGGCCCCUCUGUGGCCAAGAUGGCUGAGGUCAAAGGGCUAGAGGCACACAGGCGCACGGUUACCCUAAGUAUAGCUGAUACCGAAGCUGCUUUGAAAUGAGAAGUGUAUGUCUAUUUGCUACAAACCAAAGGCUGAAUAGCCAGAGUCUGCAGAGCUGUAGGCCUAGGGUUAUCAGCUGAAAUUGAUUGGGCUGCUUUCUAACUGCGGCUGCAAUAUGGCCUAGGCUGGGCCCCUCCUUGCCCAAGAUGGUGAAUAUUGAUAAAUCCAACCCAAGUUCUACAAUCCAUAUCAUGUAGCAUAAUGCAG